AUGGAAUACUUGUCAAGAACACCUCAGACUAUGAGUGGGCUGCCUGACUUCAGAUUCCAUCCGAUGUGUAAGAAGCUGCAACUCACUCACUUAAUUUUCGUUGAUGAUCUCAUGAUAUUAUGCAAAGGGAAUGUAGCUUCAGUGAGUAUAUUAGUGGAAGCAUUAGCACACUUUAAUGUUGCUACUGGUUUGGAGGCAAACUUGAACAAAUUAAGUAUAUUCUUGGCUGGAGUUGAUGAGGACACAAUAAGGAAAAUUCUAACUAGAACUGGAUUCUCAGUUGGUAUAUUCCCUAUCAAGAAUUUCCUGUGGGGUAGUAGUGCUGAUAACAGUAAGAUAGCUUUGUCGCCAUGGGAGAAAAUUUUCCAAGGUGGUCUAAAUAUAAAGGGCAGUAGCUACUGGAAUAUUGCCUCAGUGGGUCAAUUGAUAUGGCAAAUCAUAGAAAAUAAGGAGUCAUUGUGGGUUCAAUGGGUCCAUGGAAUAUAUAUAAAGGAUGAUGCUUCUAUAUGGACUCACAAGGCACCAUUAUACUGCAUGUGGUACUGGAAAGAAAUAAAUGCAUUCAAAGUUCAAAUGCAGGGUUGGUACAUACAAGACAAAUACAAGUUGACACAAUCUGACAUCUAUUUUAUCACCAAAAGUUACUUAGCAAUAAUAGGCCACAAACUACAAAUAAGGAAUGUUGGACUCAUCUGGCCGUCGUUGGCUCUACCAAAGCAUAGAUUUAUGGUGUGGUUGGUUGUCCAAGGAAGGUUACUCACUCAGGAGAGGAAGUUGAAACUAAUCAUUCAAGUUGAUAACACUGAUUGUUGUCUAUGUAAUGAGAAAGCAAUGGAGACCAAUGUCCAUCUAUUUCAUAAGUGUAAAUGGACAUCCAUUGUAUGGAAAGAGAUGAUUCAAUGGACAGGUACAACACUGCAGAAUGCUGGAAUCAUCAAGAGUUUGGAUAGCAUUAGGAGGAAACACUGGAAGAAAGCAAAGAAGGAAAUUAUGGAAGCUAUUGGUGGAGCAAUCCUCUAUCAUACAUGGUGUGCUAGGACUUGGAAGAAAUUCAAAGGGAAGCAGAUACAUACAAAUGAGGUAGUUCAACUGAUAAAGAAGGAGAUCACAGAGAGGGUAAAUUUACUGUACAGUUCAAAAGAGCACAGAAUUGUAGGCAGUUUAUUCAACAUUUAA